AUGACAAUAGACCUCUCAGACUUUAAUAACCGACGUCACGAAAUCGUUCAACAUCUUAUGAAAGCAUGUACUGACCAUGGCUUCUUUUAUGUAAUCAAUCAUGGUAUCAAAACUGAAGAUAUAAACUCCAUGUUCUCUACAAGCGAAACCUUUUUUGGCUUACCAGACAACAUCAAAGAAAAAUACCCUCUUGAUACUUACCAGAACACUGGCUGGGAAAAACUCACAGAGAUGGACUCAUGUGGAACUGAAAUCCCAAAAGAAUCUAUGCAACUCACAUUCCAUGACAUUCCCGAUCAUUGGCCUGCUAAUGAAGACAUCCCUGGGUUCCAAAACGCAACAAAUGACUUUAUGCAUCAGUGCAACACGGUCUCUUACCAGCUCUUGUCUUGCCUGGCUACCGGUCUUGGUUUCCCAGAAGACUUUUUUGCCCGAUGCCAUGAUAUCACCCAGCCAGAUAAUCUCAAUACCCUGAAAUGCCUCUAUUACCCCUCCUCAACCAGUCCCUCAUAUUCCCAAUCUGGCCACAAUAAUAGCUGGAGUGGGAAAAACAUUGACAUCAAUACCCUGACCCUCUUUUUCCAGCCACCUGGUCAAAAUCAAUUUGAAGUAACAGCACCAGGAUUAGCUCCAGGGUCAACAUCAACACCAAAUCUGACCGGCCGAACAAGAUUAUCUACUGAACCCGGAAAUCCUAGGGCCCCAAGAAAUAACAACCAUCGUCCGCAACAAGACCAAAUUGUCUGCAGUAUUGGAGACAUGAUUGCUCGCUGGUCAGAUGAUAGAUUCAAGAGUAGUCUUUAUCGCAUCAGUGUACCAAGGUCAGAUGAGCUACUUGGGUCACGCCAAUGUAUUCAGUAUUGUAACAAGGCAAACAAAUCAACUAUCAUUCAAGGCCAAAGUAAAUACAAAGAACCGAUCACUGCAGGAGAACUCAUCAUGAUGGCCAUGGAACGAGAAUACAAGGCUGCAAUGCAGAGUAUCAAAGCCAACAGAGCCGCCAUUGAAUCAUCGGGCAUGUUAAAAAGAAGUCCCAGCUGUGAUAAAGGAUCAUUUCUGAUGAACAUUAUGGCAUAACCCCAACUCCAUCAACAACCC